GGUUAUCAUUAAGAUAUUGCUUAACCAUGGCGUCUCCUGCUAAGAAGUUCAAAAGUGAUACGGGUCCAUUGCCAAUCACUAUCUAUGUGGUUGAGGAUGUAUUGCAACGAAAGUACAGCAAUGGUGGUGUUUAUGGCACUACGUAUGCUACAACCUCUGCAAAUGAUUUCAGAAGUAUAACAGCCCUGAUCUCUCAUGAGAAGCACCUUCCCUUGCUCCAGUGUGGGAAGACUUAUAUUGCGCUCAAGUACAUGUCCCUACAAGACGGAUCGAUUAAACUGGGACAGCAAACUGUGCUUAUGCACACUAAGAGACCAGCCGAGCUGAAGGAAGAUGUUGUGAAGGAGUUUUGUGAACCGCCAGUUAUUGAGGAGCUGGGAAGGAUUUCAUCCUUCAACAUCAAGCUGAGGGUGUCAGUGAAAGGAGAAGUCACUAAGGUGACUGAUACCAUCCAUACCAAUGGCACCAAGAGGAAGAUAAUGACGUUGUCUGAUGGGAAUGCCACAAUUGAGGUCAAGUUGUGGGGAGACUUGGUUGACACGCAAGUGUUUGAGGGCUCUACUGUGGUUGUGACGUGUGUACACGUAGACGUAUAUCAGGAGAAGAGGUCUUUGAAUUCGUCGGGAAGCACAACAGUAAAGAUUGCGGACAGUGAGGAAGAGUUCUCAGGCACAGUUAAUGGAGUUUCGUUUGAAGAAUCCAAUUCCUCCAUCCUCCUGGAUGACGAGUUUCUGGCUUGCUCCUCAGAACAAUUGAGAGAGAUCUUUCCUGGAGGGAAUUUUGUUGAAAACUUGAAGGUGAAGGGGAGGAAGAGGAGAUCAGUGAUAAUGUCAAUUGAGAUGGAAGCAGAGUCUACUGGAUGCAAUGCUACGGAAGCAGAGCCUACCGUUCAUAGUGGUGACGCAGAGCCUUCUGUUCAUACUAGUGGGGUGGACGCUAAGCCAUCAACUUGCAGUGGGGUGAAUACAGAGCCAGACCUUUGCAGUGGAAGAAGCCUUCUAGAGGAGUUAGAAGCUAUUUUGAACUGA